AUGAUACUCUUUGCCAUCGCAGCUGUGGCCGUAAUCAUGGCCCUGAUUGCGCUCUUCCUGGGUCGUAUCCUCGUCUAUCCGCCCAUCUACCCACUGCAUCGCGUAACACUCGGCCAAUAUCUACGCUUCGCCAUCCUUCUCCACGGCGUCCUGGCCCUGGCUGCAGAGUAUGGGCCUCUCGGCUUGGGUAUGGCCCCUGGCUGCGCCGUCCUGGCCCUCCUCGCCGCCUUGGUCCAUCCGCGCGGCAAGACCCCAGCCUUGAUUGCCCAGAUAUUUGCCUCGGGUAUCAAUGCCGUGGCCGCCCUCAUCUUUGGUCCCACCGUCAUCAGCCACGGCAGCGAAACCAAUCGCAUCACGUUCGCUCUCGCUCUUCUCAAUUGCGGGCUGCAACUGGGCACUUUUGUAGCCCUUUUCUUCUACCACCCGGAUUCCAGUGCCCGUGCGACCGCUCAUAGGACCACGUCUGCUCGAAACCCAAUUUCACAGCCCCAAGACCCAUCUACUGGUGCUGGUCCUCGCCAUUCACCAGUGCCACCUGCCUCACCCAACCCUUCCACUUCCAAGGGCGUGGUACGACCCCCACGACGCCGCCGCAAACAUGUGGCCAAAGCAGAGCCAACCUUGUCUAAUGCCGACCAUGCAAGCCUGACCCAAAGCACCGCCGAGGAGGACCAGCCAGCGCCAGUCGUGGUCGUGCCCAUGCCUCUCGAUGCGGCCCCAGCCGAGACCACUGAAAUCACUCGCACCCCCGUCCAACAACGCGAAUCCAACCCCAACGCCUCUCCAGCACAAUCCAUGAGGGUAGAACAAGAACCGGUGCCUCUCAAGACGACCGCCCCAGCUCCAAGUGUCGCAGUUACGCCUGUCCAGCCGACCAAACCAACAGUGCCGGCCACUGCUGUCAACCCUUCAAUGCCCCUCAGCACACCAGAGCCCGCUGCAGCAUCUACACCCGAGAUUGUCAGACCGGUGGCUAUAGAGCGUUUGGACCAAGCGCCGACAAAAAUGCCCAGUCAGGCCACGCAACCAGCCUCCAACUCCGCGGAGGUGCUCUCAAGCGCGACAGAGGGGGAUCUCUUCGGUGGAGCGCCCUCCAUCAUUGAUUUUGAUAUUGAAAAACGUGGCGAUGCUCCCAAGCGCACUGCGCGACGUGCUCGUGCCAAGGUCCGCGAAAUGGAGAAGCAAGAAGCCACUGACGACGUCGCCCCUCUGAUUGACGUCAGCAUGCUGCUCGGUUACGGAAUCGGUCCUUGUCGCCUGAAUCAGAACGUCGAACAACCACGCUACGUCAUGAUCAACGACACGAGGAGUUAG